CGCACAAUGUCGGUCACGAUAGUGCUUUUCUACACGUUCGUCACGCUGUUCAUGUUUCUGUCGUACAACCCGAAGCCGAAGAAGAUCAUCGAGUCGAUCCGUAGCUUCCUGUUGCAUCUGCUGAAUGGCGUUCCAACGGAUUGCAGUACUGGAACCUCGCCCGGUUCCGCCACCGUUUCCUCCUCCUCCUCCUCGUCUUCGUUGUAUGAGGACCAAGAUCAGCCGGUGCCACAGGUGAAGUCCAUCUGGAAUAUACCGGGCCCCCGGCGGCUGCCCUUGAUCGGUACCAAGUGGCUGUACCUUACCGGCCGCCAGCGCUACUCGAAGGUCCACGAAGCGUUCCUGGACUUGCACCGGCGCUACGGCAAGAUCGUGCUCGACGUCGACACGGUCCCGAUCGUGAAUCUGUUCGAUCGUGCCGACAUGGAGCGGGUGCUAAAGUACCCAAGCCGCUUCCCGUUCCGGCCGCCGACGGAAAUCAUCGAAACGUACCGACGUAGUCGCCCGGAUCGCUUCGGGAUGACCAAUCUGAUAAAUGCCCAGGGCGAGAAAUGGCACGAGCUGCGGAUGAAGCUAACCUCCGGCAUCACGUCCCGGCGCAUUCUGCAGUCGUUCAUUCCGUCGGUGAACGACAUCUGCGAUGAUUUCGUGGACUUGGUGCGCCGCCAGCGGGCCGAAGACGGCACGAUACGCAAUUUCCAGGACAUCGCCAACUCGGUCGGCUUGGAAAUUAUCUGUUGUCUGGUGCUGGGGCGCCGUAUGGGCUACCUCACGACGGACCGGCGGAACGAGAAGUUUAUCCGGCUCGCCGAAGCCGUCAAGGAGUCGUUCGUCUACAUCAGCCAAAGCUACUACGGGUUCAAGCUGUGGAAGUACAUGCCGACGCGUCUCUACCGCAACUUUGUCCGCUGCGAGGAGAUCAUCUACGACACGAUUGCGGAGAUCGUGUACGAAGCGCUCGAGGAGGAGCAGCUCAACUGUCCGGACAACGACGUGAAGCACAUCUUCAUCAACAUCCUGCAGAGCGAGGGUCUCGAGACGAAGGAGAAGAUAUCCGGCAUCAUCGACCUCAUUACCAGUGCCAUAGAAACGCUUUCGAACACGCUAUCAUUCCUGCUCCACAACCUGAGCCAAUCGGCGGACCAUCAGCGGGCGAUCGCGCACGAGUUUGCGCACUGCGCGAAGAGUAUCACCAACGACGACCUCGUGACGGCCAGCUUCACCAAAGCGUGCAUCCAAGAGUCGUACCGCAUUUCGCCCACGACGCCCUGUCUGGCGCGCAUCCUCGAAGAAGACUACCACCUGUCCGGAUACAGUCUACCGGCCGGUACACUCGUCCUGUGCCAUACCAGAGUUGCCUGCCAGAGCGAGGAGAACUUCCAGCAGGCGGACCAGUUCCUGCCGGAACGGUGGCUCGAUCAGCGGGACGAAAACCACAACGUUUACAAGCGCCAGGAAGCGGGCGCCGGCAUCGUGCUGCCGUUCGGAACCGGCCGGCGCAUGUGUCCCGGGCAGAAGAUUGUCGACAUCGAGCUGACGCUGCUGGUGGCAAAGAUUUUCCAAAACUUUGAGAUCGAGUACCGCAGUCCGCUCGAUACGCAGUUUCAGUUCCUGCUGGCCCCGCGAACACCGAUCGAGGUUAGGUUCCGCGAUCGUACCUAG